AAAAAAUUGACUAAAUAUUUAGUACAACCCUAAAUUCCAUCUUAAAUUCUUAAGUUCACCUCUCUUACUAUGCACUAGACUGGCAUUUCCUGUCUCAUUAACGUAUAUUGCAGAUAUCACACAGGCAAGCCAGUUUAAUUAUGUACAAUACUAAAUCGAAAGUCAAACUUUCAGGGAUAUUUCAAAGUGGCUGAUCAAAGAAGAAAAGAACACAAUAAUUUAAACAGCAAAUAAUCAGGAAAAAAAUUGCUGAUUGGGGUCAACUUAACCUUCCAGGAGGAAGAUGGCGACUUCCACCACUUGGGCACAGGACGUUAUCACGUGUGAUCUUUGUGACAACCCCGCCCAGCAAUUCUGUAACAGCUGUCAGGUCAGUUUGUGUGGGGGCUGUAUUAAUAAACAUGUAGAAAGUAUGAAGUCUCAAACGCAUGACAUUGUUCCUUUCAAAGACAGAAGAGAACGGCUCGUAUUCUCCUCAUGUGCUUCUCAUCCAAACCAGAAAUGUGAGGGAUUUUGCAAAAAAUGCGAUGAACCUGUUUGCUUCAAUUGUGUCACGGGUCCUCAUAUCGGCCAUAUUGUCAAAAACGUGACAGAAAUUGUACAAAAUAUGAAAGAAGAAAUCAAGAAAGAAACAGAAGAGAUCGAGUUUAUUAUUUUAAGAUUUGCCCAGAGUGUAGAAAACAUUGAUCAGAAGGUAACUAACAUGACUGAAAAAUUUAAUGCAAUGGAGAGCGAGGGAGAAAAUCUUAGAAAAUCCUGGCAUGAAGAAAUAGACAAAAUUUUCGACACACUACAAUCAACCAUUAGGAAAAUGAAGGAUAGAAGACUCAAAGCUCUCAAAUCACAUCAGUCCCGGCUUCAGGAUUCGGGGACAAAAUUAAAACGUGUAGCAAAAGAAAACAAGAAAAUCCUUAAGUCCACUAAAGUCUCUGAUAUUACAAGCCACAAAUCAGACCUUAAGAAAUUCAGGGACAUUCCUACAGAUGUUGAUGUGAAGAUUCCUUCCCUAAACAGCAACACGGUCCAGGGGAGAGAACUCAGCAUAGAAUUAGGAGAAUUCAAGGCUACACUGACACAGACAUCCAUAUCAAGUCUGACAGAUGAAGUCUCCAUUUUAUAUGUAAGAAAAUUAUUGGACAAUGCUCAAGUUAUUGCUAGCAUUCCUUCAAAAAUAAAACCUUUAGGUGCCAUUAUUUGUAUUGGAAUCAAUGAAGCUUGGGCUCAAGGUGAAGACAAUAUCAUUAGACGUAUUGACAUACAUGGAUCUCUGAAGGAAAAGAUCACCACUGAAGGUCAAUCUAAUCCUGCAGACAUUUCAGUGACCAGGCAGGGAGAACUGAUUUACAGUGAUCACCACAACCACAACAGAAAAGUUAACAUCGUCAGACAGGGGAGGAUAGAAACACUGAUCACUCUACCUCAGGGAUGGCAUCCAGAUGGAUUGUGCUGUACUAAAUCAGGAGAUUUACUAGUUAGUAUGACUACUUCUGAUGAUAGUCAAACAAAAUAGUUCGCUAUCAGGGACAGAAGGCAGUACAAGGAACAGACAAAGAUGACCAUGGACAAAAUAUAUUUAAAGGUGGAGAAUCAGGAGUGUUUUUGGAGGAGAAUAAUAAUGGAGACAUAUGUGCCUCUGAUAUAAAUGCCAAGACGGUUACACUGAUAGACAAGACAGGAAGAGUCCGAUUCCGUUAUGACGGUACACCAGCGAAGAGGAAUAAAGCUUUCCAACCUAUGUACAUUACUACAGAUUCACUGUGCCAUAUCAUUAUUACUGAUAUAAAUAAUGACUGUCUUCAUAUCCUAGAUCAGAAUGGACAGUUUAUCAGAUGUGUUGACAAUUGUAGACUUAAUUCUCCUGCUGGACUGAGUGUGCACAGGGAGGGGAGGUUAUGGACAGGGUGUUUUAUAUCAGGUGAUAUAAAAGUGAUCAAGUACUUGGAAUAAAAGAAACAUCUAGUGCAAUACGUGUAUAUAUAUCUAAGUGUUACUUUUUGAAGAAUGUAAGAAGGCUUAUUGUCUACAGCCUUAAAUAAUAAAAAUCAAAUUCAAUUUAUGAACUAAGGAUUAAUAGCCAAGGUAUUAUUAUUAGAAGGUAAUUAAUUGUAAUAAAUGAAAAUUUCCCUUGAAGAAUUAUUUUAUGGUAAAAAACUGUUUGGCAGAUUUCUCAUGGAUUAAAUCCAACCAUGGUAAUCUUGAGUAUCAUUCUUUUUAAAGAAUCUUGAUAGAAAAUUUUACUCUUGAAACAACGGAAAUAUAUAGCAGGCAGGGAAUAUGUGAAUUGUUAUAAUUUAUGCGCAUAUACAUUUUUCAAGGAAUGAGGUUGCUCAUUACUACCUUAAUGUAAAAAAUAAUAUGCCCCAAUAUAUUUUUGGUUUUACUUCCUCCCUCUUUUCACUUUCCCAUCUUUCUUUUCUCCUCGUCUAUAAUUAAACCACUUUCACGUAAAUGUAUGUUUAUACAUGUACAAGUUUUAAAUGUUUAUAUACGUAUGAGCUCUUUUGUGUUACUUAUGGAAGGCAUUUGCGUGAAGAUAGAUGUAUAAAUUUACAACACUUUAUAUGCCUAUUUGAUAUAGAUGUGAAAUAACCAUUCUAAAAAAGAAAAUUAAAGAGGCCAGUAUCUUAACUACUGAAUCACACAUUCUAUUACAGUUUGUAGUAUUGUAAUAUUGUUUGUAACAUGACACUUGAAUCAAUGGACUUCAAAUAUUACUCGUAAAGAUAUGAUAAUUGUUCAUAAAUGUUUAUUUUAAGAUAAAGUGAGUCGUCGUUUACUGAAAUAUGUUUAUUUUGUUUCAUAUUUAAUUUAUUUACUUUAAAAUGAACCACUCAUUUAAAAUUAAGACCUUUAUUUUACCUCUUUUGUGUUUUCAUGUUUUGUUAGACAAGUAAAUUCAAUAUAUGUGAGAUUGUUUAAAAUUAAUCUAUUGUUUUUGAAUU